GCCUUGUUACCAUGGCAAGUCCGGAACUCAAAGCUAAACUUCAAAGCUUUGUGGGCUUUAACUCAAAGCUUUGUUUGGCCUCGGGGAGAUUAUAAGAGUAGGCAAAUCGAAAAUCACAAAUCGAAAAUCACAUAUCGCUUAACGGAAAAGGCACAUUUAGCUGAGCUUGACACAGAGCAAAUCGUACAAAGAUUUCAAACAGUAGACUUCACAGAGGAGACUUUACAGAGUAGAUUUCACAGAGUAGGUUGCACUCUGCGUAACAGUAAGUACAGCAACACUUACAAAACAACAAGGACUUAUAAAGUAAAAAAAAAAAAUGUUUGGAGAACUGCUGCUGGAUCGCGUGUCUGCGGCUAAACUGCAAAAUCGCCGAACCAAAGAAGCUGAAAGGCGAGAAAGAAUUUUUAACUACAAAGAGCGGACCAUAGGGGUUGACAAGGAAACGUUGGACAUGCAGCUGAAGGAAAAGAAACUAAAAUAUGCAAUGGAAAAGGAGAAGCAAAAGGCCAGCGAUGCAGAGAUGCUCCAUUACCAAAAGGUAGCCAGCAUUCUGACCCAUCGUCAACAAAAGCAACAACAGCAAAUAGCCAAGGACAUGGUGAUCUUCAGGCAGACGUACCAGCAGCCGUCCAGUCGGAGGGAGUUUGACCUGAAUGACCCAGACUUGCUCAAAAACAUGAGUCCUGAGGAGGCACAGAUGAUGAUCCCCGGGCUGCCCGGUGAAGACCCCAACUGUAAAGACCGCCAGCAGAGACAAAGGGAGCAGCUCAGCCACUGGCUCAUACAACAGCAGGCAGAACGCCAAGGACUAAGACACAAACAGGAGAUGGAAGAUAAGAACUAUGACCAGUUCAUGGUGGAGGUCAACAAUAUGGCUCUAGAGCUGCAAAACCUUGAGAUGGAGAACCGAAAAGCCAAAGUCAUGGCAACUAAAGAUUUCAAUCUUGCAAUGUCAGAAGAAAAAAGGCGUCAGCAAUCUAAGGAUAAGGACACCGGAGUUUGGGAUGGAUGGAGAGAUCAAUGCAGACUCCCCCCCCAAAGCAUAGUGGAAAAAGAGAGGAAAGAGAUCUUAAAGCUUAAAGAAUUUCAGCAACAACAAAUGGAAGAAAAAAAGAGACAAAAACUGAGUGAGGAAAAUGAGCAGCGUUACUAUGACAGCAUCCGCAUUGAUUCAGCUCGGACGGCCACACUCAUUGAGAGACAACAGGCAAAACUCAACAAACAAAUGAGGAAACACCUGGACAGCACCAACCACAUGUUAGCAGAGACCAGGAAACAAAUAAAACCGGCGAUUUCAAAGGGCGCUGUCACUGAGAGUUUCUUCACCCAGUUCAACACUUGCAGUCGAUGA